GGGGCGGGGCGGGGCGGGGCGAGGGGCGGAGCGCGCGGCGCGGUGAUUGGCUGGCGCCGCGUUCCGAGGCCGUUAACGGCGGCGGGGCCGGGCUGCGGCUCCAAAACAAAGGGCAGGCGGCCCGCGGGGCGGCGGCGGGAGGAUGCCCCGCGCCCUGCCGAGGCGCCAACGGCCGCAGCGCGUCGCGGGCCGCGCCGGGGCCGCCUGAGAGCCGAGCCCGCGCGACCGGGGCCCGGCCGGAUGGGCGCUGCGGGCCGGGGCGCGGACCGCCGGGCGGCCGUUGCGACACUCUUCUCUCAUCCCAGCGGUGUGGACAGUGCCACACGCCCCCCGAACAACAACGGCUCUUGCGUGCAUUUUCCAGUGCUGCCUGUGUCAGAGAGCCCAGCAGGGCCACGGGGCUUCCAGAGCCAGCCCUGAGCGGAGGGAGGGGUGCCCAGCAGAGAUGGUGAAGAUGACAAAGUCCAAAACUUUCCAAGCCUAUCUGCCGCACUGUCACCGGACGUACAGCUGUAUCCACUGCAGGGCCCACCUAGCCAACCACGACGAGCUCAUCUCCAAGUCCUUUCAGGGCAGUCAGGGACGAGCCUACCUCUUCAACUCCGUGGUGAACGUGGGCUGCGGCCCCGCCGAGGAGAGGGUCCUUCUCACCGGGCUGCAUGCGGUCGCGGACAUCCACUGCGAGAACUGCAAGACCACGCUCGGGUGGAAAUACGAGCACGCCUUCGAGAGCAGUCAGAAGUAUAAGGAAGGGAAGUUUAUCAUUGAGCUUGCUCAUAUGAUCAAGGACAAUGGUUGGGAGUAAAGUGAGAACUUUCCAUUCUCUUUCGAAUCCUAUUUUGUGAGAGAAACUGUGAGUGCGACAGAAACAGGAACAUUCUGGAUGGCAGCGUCUCUUGAACUUUAACCCUACAGGCCAGCUGUGCACAGGGCUAGACUUGCCCAGGCCUCUCAGCCGCUUCCUUGGGUGGGGCCCUAGUCUCUGUCGCCUUGACAUUUUUCUAGCUUCUCAAAGCUCUAGAGAAAGAUUUAACCAACUGAUGACUGCCCCGCCUAGUCAAUAUCCUCUUUUAGUCUGCGCCUUCAGCGCAGUGUGGCCAUGUUCUUUUAUGUUCCAUAGAAAACCAAACCGAGUCUCUAAAGACCACAGGGACAGGCUCUCUUUAGAGAGCAAGCCUCACCUCUCGCUUUUUAGGGUAAAGGUAUUGUAGCCAACUCCCUUUUCUUCUAAUUCACAAAAGUACACAUCGGUUAUUCUUCUUGCAGAUGAACUGUUAGGGAAUAGUGUUCAUUUAAGAUUAUUUCAGGUGCAGUCAACAAAUUUACAUACCAAGAGUGUUUUAUUUUUUAGCCUGUUCAAAAACAGAGGACAGCACUGAUAACAUUUUAGAUUAAGCUGUGGAGAAGUGUCUAGUGGAACAUCUUGUUUAUUUCAGCUGAUAGAUUCCUUACCUAGAAAGAAAAGAGCUAAUGCUUAGAGAAGACUGUCCCAGGGCCCGUGGCGGCAACAGCCUUGCAGGGUCUCCGUGGCAGCAGCUGGGCCAUGUAGUUCCAGAGUCUCACACUGGACAGAGAAGUUGGAUUCCAUUUUCUACCCUGCCGUACUUGAAGAAAAGAACGAUUUUUGCAUAUGAAAGAGGCAGAAGCAACAGGAAAAACUUUAAAAUUUGAGAUUUGCCCGAUUAUUUAAAAUUUUUUCCUAAAGUUGCAAGACAGGUUUUAACUUAGUAAAUGAAGAUGUUUGGUGUGCUGGAA